GUCUUGACAUAUAAUUUUAGACUUAUUAUUCGUCAUUCUUAGUCAUUGAUAAUUAAAUUCAAAGUUAUUUCAUAGUAAAAAGGUGUUGCUCAAACCAUCUGUUGCUUAUUUCACACAUAUUAUUACUUAGUUAGAGAUAAUAAUAGUGCAAGUUAUUUCAAAAAGUUCACAAAAGGUUAAAUCGAUAAGAAAGUAUGUAACAAAGAGUGAAAAAAAUAAAAAAGUGUCAUUCAAUGUCUAAAUUUGGUACUUCAGUCAAUGGAAACAUCAGACUUAGGCUCUCUUAUUAACAUGUUUUCCGUCAAACUGCGGUAUUAGUUGUUCAGUACUGGUUACCUAGUGCAGAUUGUUAUUCUCAACUGGUUUUAAUGUGACAGCAUUAGCAUAACGAGUUAUUUAAUAUUUCUUUCAUUUAACAAUAACACUUAUUAUCUUAACGAAUACUGUAGUGCAAAUCAUUAUUAAAUAAUUAAGUGAUUGAGUACCAAGAGGAGUGUUUUCGUAAACGACAAAAAAAUUUCUUGUGUAAAAUACAAGCAAAUAGCAAAAUGGAAGCAAAAAAUAUUAGAGAUAUGUCAUCUGAAGAAUUUAAAACAUUUUUGGAUUCUUUUGACACCAUUCUGACUGACUGCGAUGGUGUAUUGUGGCUUAAUGAUACACCGAUCACUGGCGCAUUGCAAACAUUACAAAUGCUCGAGAGUUAUGGUAAGAAAGUCAUUUUUGUUUCAAAUCAUAGCGCUCGUUCGGUAGAUGAUUAUGUUAUAAAAUUUCGAAGGAUGGGUUAUGAAGCGACUGCAGACCAAAUAAUUUUACCAUCUCAAGCAGUCGUUUGGUAUUUGAAAAAAAUAGGAUUUCAAGGCAAAGCUUAUGUACUUGGAACUGAGCCAUUCAAACAAGUAUUAGCAGAUAAUGAUAUUGAAAUAGUUACUGGGCCAAAUAGUAUAGAAGAAAAUAUGAUGGCUAUAAUAAAUGUUUUAAAACCUCAACCGGACGUAAAAGCUGUAAUUGUUGAUUUCGACCUUAAUUUAAAUUGGGCUAAAUUGUUACAAACUGCAUCGAUACUUAAACGUAAAGAUGUAUUAUUUUUAAUAGGUCCACGUGAUAAAAAUCUACCUAUAUCCGAAUCGCAAUCAUUGAUUGGUCCAGGUUAUUUUAUUGACAUACUUAUAAAUCACACGGGUAGAACGCCAGUUGAAUUUGCAAAACCGUGUGAGAAUUUAAAAAAUUAUCUUAUUGAAAGAUUCAAAAUAACUAAUCCAGCGAGAUGUAUUUUUAUUGGCGAUUCUUUGGCGGCAGAUAUAAAAUUUGCAGAUCUCUGCGGUUUUUUGAAACUAUGGGUGAGCUCAGGUGUGGAUUCAGUGGAGGCUCUUAAGAACAAUUGCGAAGUAAUUCCAGACUAUUAUCUUCCUAAUUUAGGAAUAAUGAGAACCCUAAACCAAGAACCCAGUGGUAGUAAAAUGAAAAAAUAAAUUGUAAAAUAUUUAAAAAAAAAAAAAAAA